UAAUCCUAUACUAUUUAGUCAGUAUAGAAUUAUUAAUCUUGCGUUAUUAGUCCUUGUCUUUAAUACAUGAAAGGAAAUUGUAGACAAGGAAUUAUGUAGUUAGAAAUUUUGCUAGGAGCAAUCUCAUUGAUUGAAUUGAUCGGUGAUUAAUUCAAUUAGAGUUAGUUUAUCAAGUCGAAACCGUAUUCUAGAACCAACUCUGAUUAAUUUAGUUCACAAUUCAUCCUGUAAUUCUGUACUGUACUUUUGCUAACAUGAAUACAAAUAUUGAACUUGUUUACUACAUGGAGAGAGAAAUUGCGGGCGACGAAUUAUGUAGUUGGAAAUUUUGCUGCGAGCAAUUCUUCCAGUCAAAUUGAUCAGCGAUUAAAUUAAUUAGAAUUCAAUCGAAAAGAGCCUUCCCGCACGAUCAAUUUGAAAUGCGCGUUUCUCGGGCGCUUUCACACCGUUGGCGGCUCUGCGCGCGGAGCGAAAAGAAUCACGCGCCCGCCAUUUCCAGAUGUCACCCGCGUUCAAGGCUGCGGCGCAUCCUUGCCUGGCGGGAUCCCGCGUAGAUCAUCGUGCGAUCAUGAAUUAAAUCGGCGUUUCGUCGAACGUUUCCACGAAAGAGGCGCAGCUUCCUCGAGCGAGUGUAAAAGAGCCGAAGAGAUCGCGGUUGAAAGAGGCGUGUUAUGACGCGAUCGUCGGUCGGGUUUUCCGGUCCGACGGACCGCAGAGUACGCAAAGUGUUUCGCUUGUUGCACAGUUGCCAAGGCGACUAACGUGCGUGCGGCGUGCGUACGUGCGUGCGUGCGUGCGUACGUGCGUGCGUGCGCGCGUAUGUGUGUCGUGUGCGUGUGCGAGUGUAUGUAUGUUAUGAUAAGAGACCGAUCCUCGUCAUCGUCGGGACGCAAUUCUCGUAUCUUCCUCGCGUCGACGACGCAUCGUCGAUGUCCCGCAACGACGUAGCCUGAACAGAGCCAUCAUGGACUACCCGGUACUGGGUCACUACGACCCUACGGUAGAGCCUACGGAUCAUGGCAGCGGCGAGGAGGAGCAGCAACAGCAGCAACAGCAGCAGCAGCAGCAGCAACUGCUUUGGGAAGAAUGUAAUUAUGUUGUAUCCGGGGAUGAAUAUGUACCUGCAACAGAGCAAUUCGGAGAAGACUUCACCGGAGCCGAGUUUCAUGAAACUAGAACGUUGCUCGCCGAUGGUGGAGAUAGAUUUGGAGUUUCCACUGCCACUUUCGAUACGAUCGAGGAACUUAUGUGGAUGGGAAAUCAAGGGGGUCAUGUAACAUCCUACUAUGGGCCUGGUUUACAAAAAUACACUUCCUUUCAAGUCCACGCGACACAGGAGAUACGACAUAUUCAUACGAUAGAUGAGGGUAUCUUAGUAUUGACUCAAAGUAUAUUAAGAUGUCAGUUACGAAGAGGCAUACCUAUAUUUACACACACGUCAAUGAAUAUGAACGAUAUGCAAUGUAUGUUGCAAAUCUCUCCAACCAGACUGCUCAUGGGUGGACAUCAAGACAAGAUAAUUGAUUUUAAUCUUACUAGAGGAAAAGAAAUUGGAUUAGUGGAUGUAGAUGAGAAUGGUUGUGCGAUAUUGAGACAACACAGUAGGCUUAUCUGUGCUGGUAAUCCUGCGGGAAGGAUAGAUCUCAGGGAUCCUAAUACAUUAUCAGUAGAACACACUUUGGAUACACAUAGCGGUUCCCUAAGUGACUUUGAUGUUCAGGGAAACUAUCUUGUUACAUGUGGAUUCAGCAACAGCCGUCAAGGUCUCACUGUAGAUCGAUUUUUAAUGGCCUACGAUCUGAGACAAAUGAGAGCGUUAAGUCCAGUCACUACUAUGGUAUAUCCUCUCUUACUGAAGUUCCUACCAAGUUAUUCCAGUCGGCUCGCAGUAGUAUCGCCACUAGGCCAAAUGCAAUUGCUGGAUACAAUAUACGCAAAUGUACAGCCUUCAUUGACAUGUUUAUAUCAGGUUGCUACUGGCGGCGCGACAAUAUUAUCGUUUGAUGUAGCUUCCACAUCCCAGUGUCUUUGUUUUGGAGACUUGGCAGGUUCUAUACAUUUAAUGUCCACCAACAAUCCGGAACCUCAGUUUAAUACAUUUUCUAGGCCUACAGAAUUUGCCGAUCCAAUUGAGACAAUACAAUCAAUUCCUUUUGAUGACGAUGUUACACCGUAUAGUACAAUACCAAUUGUAUAUUCAGAUCAACCACUUUUAAGCGAUUGGCCAGAAGAAUAUUUAAAAAAAGUUUAUAGAAAAACACCAGCAAUAGAUCCUGAAAUUUUGCGUACAAUGAAAAUGCAGGGAACAAUAGGAUAUGCGCCAAAUCCUCAGGCUUUUCGCAGAAAUCAAAUACCGUACAAUCUGGAAAAACGAUGGGGCUUAGUCGCGAAAUCUUUCGCGGGGGACUCACGGUCUAAAACAGAUGACGGCACCUUUGUAGCCAUACCUAAACGUUAUCGUAAAAUCGAGUUGAAAUACUCACGACUUGGUUACGACGAUUUUGAUUUCGAUCAGUACAAUCGAACCAGCUUUUGCGGCCUGGAAGCUACACUCCCCAACAGUUAUUGCAAUGCUAUGCUGCAGUUGCUUUACUACUGCGAACCUGUAAGGAUAGCAUUGCUCUCACACUCGUGCCAACGAGAGUUUUGUCUUUCUUGCGAAUUGGGAUUCUUGUUUCAUAUGCUGGACACAUCACGUGGAUUACCUUGCCAAGCUGCGAAUUUUCUUAGAGCUUUUAGGACUGUACGGGAAGCGUCAGCUUUAGGACUUAUACUGAACGAUCCGGAAUCCAAGAAAAAGAUCAAUCUGAUUGUACUCAUACAAAGCUGGAAUAGAUUCAUUCUACAUCAAAUACAUUACGAGAUUCUGGAAACUAGGAAGCGACAGCAAAAGGAAGAGGAGGCAGCGCGACUUAAAUCAGGUUCCAAAUAUCCUCCAUUUGUUUAUAACGAACAGGAUUUUCCUAGCAUUCUUGAAGACCUCGGUUCUCGAUACAGAAGCCAUGAUGACGAGAGAAAAAAAAAGAGAAAGCAGGAGGAGGAUGGUAAAUAUAUGUGGAUCACAUCGAAAGAUAAAAACACCAAAAAAUCCACCGAAGAAAAUGAAGUACGAGAUGAUGAAACAGAGAUCAGUCGUCUAUUUGGAUCUGAACAAAUGCAUAUACAUCGCUGUCUCAAAUGUGGGCAAGAAGCUACCAAACAUUCCAUCAUGUUGCUUUGUAACUUAGUUUAUCCGGAAAUAAUUAAUCCUUCUGAAGAGGUACCGUUCACAAGUGUUCUUGCCCGCAGUUUAAGACCUGAGAAAAUUACACCCGCAUGGUGUGAUAAUUGCCAAAAAUUUACACCUACUCUUCAGUCUCGACAAUUGACUAAAUUACCUCAAAUACUAGCACUAAACUGCGGCUUAAAUACUCAACAGGAUAAGACGUUUUGGCAAAAUCAAAUGGACAUUGUGGUGCAAAACGUGUUGUCAGGAAAAGAGAGCAGUCCUAGCUCCAGUCCUGUACCUGUCACUGCAAAGCCGUGUCGAUAUGGCAAUAAUUGCACGCGGACUGGAUGUCGAUUCAGGCACGUUGGCCGUGAUUCAGAAACAGAAAAAUUACUUACAUCGUCCUCUACUCCAUCUACCUCAUCGACGGCGCCCGUUACAUCGCCCCCUAGUCACUUAUAUUACAUGCAUUCUUGGAUACCUCACAAUAUAGAAAUUUCCCUCGAAGAAAAUGAAGAGUUGUCAGUUAAAAAAAUUACCGAACCAAAAAACGAGUCGAGUAACGAUGUGUCCGCACAAACGAACGUGAUAGAGAAUGGUCAAGAUGACAAAACGGUACAAAUAGUUCCCGAAAACAUUGGAAUCAACAGUGAAAGGAAUGUUGAAAAUUAUAGCAAAGUAUCGAAUGCGGAAGAUGGCGAGGCAAAAAGUACAAAUGCGGAAAUUUUUGGUAAUACUCAAAAAAUACAGUACGGUCUCAGUGCCGUUGUUUGUUAUAUAGACGAUAAAAAUAACGAGGAACGGAGGAAUAUCGUAGCACUGUUACGAGUUGGGCCGAAUUAUCACGAACGAUCGGCAGGCAAUGCCGUAUCGCAGUGGUACAUUUUCAAUGAUUUCUGCAUAUCGCCGGUGACACCGCAGGAAGCGGUGUGGUUUAAUCUCGAUUGGAAAGUACCGUGUGUGCUUCAUUACACAGCGAUACCUGCACCCGAACCGACACAAUUUGUCAGUCCUCUCACGUAUGAUGUGUUCGGAGAAGACAAAUGUAUCGCUCGCAGUGGCGGAACUAGAGGCAUUACGUUUACUCCUCUAUCAUCAGACGAAAUGCCCAAGAAAGGUGAAUUGGUAGGGAUCGAUGCAGAAUUUGUUACAUUAAAUCAGGAAGAAUCCGAACUACGGAGCGAUGGAAAAAUGUCAACUAUAAAACCGAGCCAUAUGUCUGUUGCGCGAAUCACCUGCAUACGCGGGCAAGGUCCGUUAGAAGGUACACCGUUUAUAGACGAUUACAUAAGCACUCAGGAACAGGUAGUUGAUUAUCUAACAAAAUUCAGUGGAAUCCAACCAGGUGAUUUAGAUGCGAAUUUUAGCAGCAAACAUCUUACAACUCUGAAAUCAACGUAUCAAAAGUUGCGAUUUUUAGUGGAUAACGGCAUAAUCUUCGUCGGACAUGGCUUGAAAAAUGAUUUUAGGGUUAUAAAUUUGGUAGUGCCACCGGAACAAAUAGUAGAUACAGUUUUGUUAUUUCAUUUGCCGCAUCAUCGUAUGGUAUCGUUACGCUUCUUGACUUGGCACUUUUUGGGUAAGAAUAUUCAAUCUGAAACUCACGAUUCGGCCGAAGAUGCACGAGCAGCUUUAGAAUUAUAUCGCAAAUAUAAGGAAUUGGAAAGUUCCGGCACAUUAACAGAAACGCUAAAAGAGCUUUAUGAAGUGGGUAGUCAAUUACAGUGGAAAGUUUCUGAUAGCUGAUACGAGGAUAAUAUAUAUAACGACAUAGAUGAAAUCGAUAGUGACAAUGAAGAUUAGAUGAUAUGAAUGUUCAUAUGUCCGUUAUCUGACAUUGUUCAAGAGGUAACACUUUUACCUAGCUGGCGCCAUUCGCGUUUAUCGAUAGUAUCGAUGUUUAGUCCAAUUUCAAAGAUAAAUUCAUAUACUUUUCC